GUCUUAACCCGUUCGAAUAGCAAAUAACACGUCCAAAGAGUCUUAUAUCAAUGCGAUACAUUGAAGUGAAAUUAAAAUUUAAAAGAAAAAAAGAGAGGAAACUUUUUAAAAGAAUAAGCAAGGAUUAAAAGGAUAUGUUUAUUUUUCCUCAUAAAGGAUUAGUGCGUCAACAUUUCAUUCGCAUUGGCUGGUUGCUGCAAAUAUUCCUAAUUUUAUUACUGCUAUCGGUGGCCGAAACAUAUCCGCCGAAUAAUAAUUACCGGGAUUUGGAUAUAUGCAAUCAUUGGAAUGGACGAAGACAUUUUUUGGAAUUGGGUGAACGUGGCGAUUUGCAUGCUCGCAAUGUUACUACCUCAGCCUUCAGAAAAUUUCAGAGUACUCUGUUUUCACCAUCUUCCACGAAUAAUGCUUUGAAAAAUCGCACCACCACCGACAUCUGGUACCAAUGCAAUCUCGAAUUAGUUACAUGUGCUGAAUGCGUCAUACGUAUAACAUUCACUCAUGCCAACUUUUCAAAAACAUGUGAGCGCAUAGCCAAUUCGGGCGUAGGCAAAUCAUCGAUGUGCCCCUGUGAACAUAUACAAUUCUCGGAACCGCCAUAUGAUACGACAAUAUCCGGGCAGGAGUUUUGUGGUGAUGGAAAAGUUUUCCGCAGCAAAACAAGAACUCUGUUGCUGAAAUUCUUCUAUCGUGCCACCAAUAGCCAUGUGUUUUCGUUGCAAUACUUUUCCGAACGUAAUGUCAAAAUUAUUAGCGGCUCUCCGCGUCAAACAAUUAUCUCGAAUUAUUCAAAUCAGAAAAGUAUGCAAACUCAAGUAAUAUCAACCCCUUACUUUCCAAUGACAUAUCCACGGGAUUAUGGCAUUGAACAUAUAUUGACCUGUGAGGCGGACAACUGUCAUGUGCGUUUGGAUUUUACCGACUUUCAGUUGGGUUUGACAUCGACAUUAGAGAUAUUCGAUUCGAACGGUCAAAUGUUAGACUCAUACACGGGUGAACACUUCCGCCCUCCCAUCAUUAUAAGUAGCGGCAAAUCUUUGUUACUGCAAUUUCGUGGUAAUGGCAAUACUGGUGCUGGCUUUCGAGCUGAAGUAACUUUUAUAUCGGUCAAGCAAUUGAAAGAAGAUCGUUUGCUGCCCUAUACAGAUUGCGGUGGGAUGGUCUCGGGACCGGGUGGCGCCAUUACUAUGAUGAAUAUGAUUGAAAAUUCGACCGAUGUACGUUUCUUUGACUGCAUUUGGAUUAUUAAACCGGGAAAUAAUUACAUGAUGAUGAAGACGCACAUAUCUCUCAGGGUACAAGAGUUUCACGGUAUGGCUUCGCGUUCUGAUUUAACUAUACGUCAAGGAACCACCUCGGAUGCAUUGGAAAUUGAGAAUGUUGUUUGGCCUAAUAACGGUAUGAGCAAGGAAAGUCACGUAGUACCUAUAUUAACCGGUUAUUAUAUACGCUUACGUGGCGUAUUCGGCAUGUCUUCCAAAUUGGCCAUCGUCUAUAGUGUCUUCAAUUACUUAAAUUGUUACAUUGGCUCAGAAUUUUUGUGUGGCAACAAUCAUUGCAUUUCCAUUCGCUUACACUGUGACGGUUUUGAUCAUUGCGGCGAUGGUAGCGACGAGCCAGACUCAUGCGAAGAGGAUUGGGCUCAUCUGCAAAACGAUCGCCGCUGGUAUUCUCACAAACCAAACUAUUAUUUUCCUAAAAUUGAGCAAUAUCCUGAUCUGAAAACGGCUACCGGUAUAUUCAUUGUUUCGACUUUGGGCAUAUUUGCCGUAUUAUCGGGUUGGAUGGUGAUAUUGUACAGAAUGGGCGUACGUGCUCGACAUCAGAGGGAAUUACAAAACCAUUUGCAGACAAUUAGCGAAUUGCUGGAUCGUCAAGAGGAAAUUACACCGGAUGAGCCACCUAGUUACGAGGCGCCGCCCGAUUAUGAAGAGGUUAUCAAGAUUGGCAUGGAACAGGAAAUGCGUCAACAUAUGGAUCGUCCACGUCGACAUCAUCGUCAUCGUCGUCGAAGAGAACGCGAACAUUGCGAUCGCGAACGGAGUUGUAGUCGUGCACCCAGCAACGCUACUGUUCAGUCAUCAGUUCCUAUACACUGUCACUGUGCUGAGGAUAGGCCAACAACUUCGGCUGCAGCAGCAGCCGCUACAGCAACUGCACCGGUUGAGGCCCAAUCACAUGACAAACCGGCUGAAAAUGCAAUUGCGGGUAACAGUAAUCAAGGCGCAUCGCAAGAAAUAAUGCACCGUCUCGAGACAAACGCUGAAAAUUGUGGUGCUACAGGCACGUCUCAGGCGUCAGAGGUGUCGACGUCGACAAGCAACGAUGGCUGCAACAGGUGCAAGCACUACAAACGGGAACUUAAAACGAAAUGCGCUUCGACGUCGCCAAUGAUCACAAAUAAAAUUAACAACAAUAACAAUAAUAACUCGUGUGCCACCAACACACAAUUGGAAGAAAAUUCUCGUGACUUUUGUGAUGAUUCCCUAAAUAUAUCUUUAACCUUGGCCAAUAACACAAAUGAUAGUGCAGCUACUUCGUCACGUCCGAAAAGUUCUAGUAAUUGCACUGAACAAACCUAUUUGAAGCGUUCUUGGAUUGUGGUUAGCAAUGGCUCGCAUAGCUAUAAAAUGCCACGUUUGCGUCAUACUUUUUCUUCGCCCGAACCAUUUCAAAUAUAUUGUAACGAUUGGUUGAGCAACGAUACGCAAAAUUAUGGUUCGAUUUUACCAUACGAGCGUAGUUUUAUAUCAAGCAAUAACACUAGUUACUUUGGCUCCGAAUUAUCCCGCGAUACAUCCGCUUUAAGUUUCUCCGUCAAGAAACAAUAUCAAGCUACGACACCAACAUCGCCUACUAAUUCAGAUUCGGGCAAUAUUCAUCGUCAAAAUACAUUAGAACGGCGUCGCAAGCGUAUGUUGAUGUCUGAGCUGGACAGUGACGAUGGCAGUAAAAUAUCCUGCUUCGGUAACGUAAAUAAACAAUUGCGAGUCCAAAGCAAACUGAAACAAUCAAGUCAAAUAUUAAGACGUCAUACACGUAGCAAAUCAUUUAGUAAUUUAAAUCAAAACCGUUCGAGAAAAGUUAUGAAGCGUAGCUCAUCUGUGGACUUGGUAACAUCAAAUCAAAGGCUUACUAAUGAAAUAUUUCACUUAAGUGAAGCAAAAAUAUUUAUGAUUUAAUUAAUAUAUAAGAACACAUCUCUCUUCAGAAAUCUAAAUCGAAAACAUUCAAUUUAUUUGACAAAAAAAAGAGUUUGAAAUUCUUAAAAAUAAAACUAAUUUGGUCCAAUAAACAAUAAA